GAAGUUACCAGGUUCCUGUUCGUACCAGCCCAAAGCCUUCAGCAUUGCUUCAUGCCCGGCACAGAGCUCACCCUGCUGGCACAGUCUGUUGCCUCAUCACUCUUUGGUUCCUGUUAAGUCUUAGCCUCUGCCUCAAUGGGUCCAGUCAUGCCGCCCAGCAAGAAGCCAGAGGGCUCAGGAAUCAGUGUUCCCAGUGGACUGAGCCAGCGUUACCAAGAUAGCGAUUUGUCAAAGGCACUUCACGAUGACGAGGACCUAGAUUUCUCUUUGCCUGCCAUCAGAUUAGAUAAAGGGGCCAUGGAAGAUGAAGAGCUAACUAACUUGAACUGGUUACAUGAGAGCAAGAACUUGCUGAAGAGCUUUGGGGACUCGGUGUUACGAAGCGUCAGCCCCGUUCAGGACAUCGGUGAUGACACGCCUCCAUCCCCCGCCCACUCGGACAUGCCCUACGAUGCCAAGCAGAACCCCAACUGCAAACCUCCUUACUCCUUUAGCUGCCUCAUAUUUAUGGCCAUCGAGGACUCGCCAACCAAAAGACUGCCCGUAAAGGAUAUAUACAACUGGAUUUUAGAACACUUUCCGUAUUUUGCAAACGCGCCCACUGGAUGGAAAAAUUCUGUGAGACAUAACCUGUCCUUGAAUAAGUGUUUUAAGAAAGUGGACAAAGAUAGAAGUCAGAGUAUUGGAAAGGGGUCCUUGUGGUGUAUAGACCCAGAAUAUAGACAAAAUCUUAUUCAGGCUUUGAAAAAGACACCCUAUCACCCAUACUCGCAUGUGUUCAAUACACCUCCCACAUCUCCUCAGGCAUAUCAAAGCACAUCAGGUCCACCCAUUUGGCCAGGAAGCACCUUUUUCAAGAGAAAUGGAGCUCUUCUGCAAGAUCCUGACAUUGAUGCUGCCACUGCCAUGAUGCUUUUGAAUACUCCCCCUGAGAUACAAGCAGGUUUUCCUCCAGGAGUGAUACAAAAUGGAGCUCGAGUUCUGAGUAGAGGAAUAUUUCCUGGAGCCAGGCCAUUGCCAAUCAACCCUAUAGGAAGCAUGGCUGUUGCAGUAAGGAAUGGAAUAACAAACUGCCGGAUGCGGACAGAAAGCGAACAGUCGUGUGGCUCUCCAGUUGUUAGCGGUGACCCGAAGGAGGAUCACAACUACAGCAGUGCCAAAUCUUCCAACCACAGGAGCACAUCACCUGCUAGUGACUCCGUUUCCUCUUCCUCUGCUGAUGACCAGUAUGAAUUUGCAACUAAAGGUAGCCAAGACAGCAGUGAAGGAAGUGAAGUUAGCUUCCAGAGCCAUGAGAGCCAUAGUGAAACAGAAGAGGAGGACAAAAAGCAAAAUCGGAAGGAGACCAAGGAUUCUUUAGCUGACAGUGGGUAUGCAUCCCAGCACAAGAAAAGGCAACAUUUGAUGAAGGCGAAAAAAGUACCAAGUGACACACUGCCUCUUAAAAAGAGACGUACAGAAAAGCCCCCUGAGAGUGACGACGAGGAGAUGAAAGAAGCAGCGGGAUCUCUCCUGCAUUUAGCGGGAAUUCGAUCCUGUUUGAAUAACAUCACCAAUCGGACGGCAAAGGGGCAGAAAGAGCAAAAGGAAACCACAAAAAAUUAGAACAAAUCAAUGAUUUGUUUGAACUUAAAAGUUUUGUUUCAGCACGUCAGGUGAAUUCUAAUGAUUUGUGGCAAUAUCAGCAAUUUUUUCCUUUUUUGUUUUUCUUUCUAUUUGGUUUUGUUUCUUUUCUUUUUUUUUUUUUUUGGACCCUUAAGAUUUUUAUUUUUAAAGGAGAUUGAAGCCAUAGAACUCAUACUGACACUCAGCUAAUUUACAAAAGCUUUUCAUUACCUGAAGACAAAAAGUUAACAACAAAAAAAGCCAAAAUCGCCAUUGCUUUCUCCGGCUUGUCAAAAAAUGCAUGGUUGAAUACGCAGUGACAUCAACAUUAUUGUGAUGGGAUAAGAUUGGGCACUUGGAAAUCUCUCUUACGCUAGAAGAGAUUGCAUAAUUUAGUAGUCAUUCAGGCCUGUCCCUUAAGAAUUUUUUUAAUGGCCUUACAAUUGGGUUGUAAGUGAAUGUGAAUAAAGAAGAUCUGGGGGAAAGAGAAGGUGUGUACUUCUCGCACCAAACCACAGACCAUCUAGUGGCACUUGGAUUCACCGUGCCAUAGAAGUCUUUGGACAGCCACUGGUGGCAACUGCGCAUACCGUAAUGCACUUUUAGUGCUUCGUGUACUGUACGUGGCUAAUAGCGUGAGGACUGGUAACUUUAAGUUUUGGGAAGUUUGAACUGUGUAUGCAAUGAGUUUCAGUGAAAUAAUGAGGAGAAAUGGGGGGGGGGUGGCACUGUUAAUAGCAUUGCAAAUCAUUGAAUUAUGUCUUCUAUAUUGAAUUAACUGAAUGUUCAAAAAGCCAUAAGCCCGAAGAUUGGCACUGCGUGCAAAAAAUAAUAGUAUAGGGAAAAACAAGCUAUGUCUUCUGAACUGCCUGAGUGAAAAGCAAUCAAGUCUAAGAAAUUACAGUAGAUAUUAAGGAAGAAAAUAAAUCAGAAUCCUUUUCUGUGGAUCAAAUAUUUGAUCUAACUGAGGGAAAAAUAGCUACAAAACCUGCCAUUAGUAUUAAUCUGUAAUUUAAAAAAAACAACAGGAAAGCGUAUUGAUGAACAGUGAAAUUAAGUUCAGCAAAGCAGCUCCUACACUGCCCUCAGAAGUGAGCGUUGCAGUUAAUGUCAGUUAGGAUUCAUCUGUGCAAAAACAGCAACAGAUUUCCAGAUUCAACCAGCGUAGCCAGCAGAAAAAAAAAUGAUCCACACUGCAUGGAUUCCUUUUGGAAGGGGGGGGGGGAAUACAAAAAGCAAACAAUUUUUUUUAUUCAAAGAUGACAAAGUUCUUGUAAGGUAAAUAAUGUAUUUAGCAUGAAGCAUGAAUUAUUUUCAUAUAAAUAUAGAAAAUAGAGAAAAAGGCUAUGCCUCUAAUUUUUAAGCCCUUAGGCUUAGAGUUUGGUUGGUUUAUUUUAUUUUUUGUUUUUGUUUUGUUUUUGUUUUGGUUCUUUUUUGUUGUUGGGUUGUUUUUUGUGGAUUUUUUUUUUUUUUUUUUUGAAGCAGGUGUUUAAGGUUUAACCUUCUUCAGGGACAAACACUGACUGUUGGGAAACUUACUCUGCAAUAUUAAAAAAUAAAAUCUUCAUGCUCUGGUAGGGCUUGGAUGGUUGAAUUAUACUGCCUUGUCUGCACAUUCAGCCCCCUCUCCCUACUUCUCUUUAAAAAAAAAAAAAAAAGAAAAAAAGAAAAAAAAGUAAAAGUGUGUCCUUUCUUCGUCUGUACAUGUGUAACAUGACGCAAUAAUCUGAGGGCAAGUUUAGUAGUGAGUGUGUAUGACAGAAUCAAGAGAAUAAUGGGAGAUUAAUUGAGGAAAACUCUCUGAUUUGAUUCAGGAAUAAGUAGACAAGAAAAUAGCUUUGCUAAUUUGCCAUGAGAAAAUGAAGUUAUUAAGAGCCUUAUUGAGGUGUCCCGAGAAAAACCAGUGCUACAGAGAGUGUGAUUCAGGUAUAGUGCUUCUCUCCUGACACGGUGAUUGUUAGAUUGGAGAUCCCUACAGCUGAGGGAAGCCGUGAAAUGGAUAAUACAGUCUCUCUCACCUGGAUUUGUCAGUUUGGCAUGAAAAAGUUCCGUACUUGGAAUAUCCAAGAGACAAGGAGAAAAUCCCAGAGACUGAAAAACCCUGCCACUUAACAGAAUGAAAUGGUCUGUUUCUGUUAAAGAACACAGGUUUAUAUCCCAAAAACUGUUCCAGUCAGCAGCACCGCUAAGGUGGAUCUAGUUCAUGAAGAGUGAGUUUAGAGAAGGAUCUGACUUCCCAUUCAGUGGAGUGAAAUGAGAGUUGCAUUUGGUGUAUGUGCAGUUAGGAAGUGGGAAGACCAAAGGGUAGGCUGGGCUGGACCUGGCAGCCUUCUCAUGCUCCACAAAUGCUUUGUAAUACAAAGAACAGGACCACGCUGGGGGCAGCACACCAAAAUUGUGCCUCUCCUCUCAUCUCACUCAUUGUGCGCUGGGAUCCAGGAUCUGCCUUGUCAGGGGUUGUCUGACAACUGCUGGAGCCCAGCACAACUGCCAGCUAUGCAGAUAAGGAAGGAGAGCGCCAAGGAUGGUGCAAGGAGGAGCUCUGCACUCUCCUGUUUGCUGGUCCUGGGGCUGAGCCAUGCAGGCCUGAUGGCCAGUAUAUUACAGUUGGAGUACAAAAAUAUGAAACCUGUUGGCUGCCAACAGCCUUUGAGAUAAAGUUGGGGAGAACAAAGUUUUCUUUCGGCCAUGGAGCAUGGAGAUGGUUGAGCCAUACCUUUCCGUUUUGAUAGAGCUCUCCUGGUGUGAUUGGACUGGGACAGUCCCAAGCAACUCGGUCUGCAGGCAGUGAACCACACAGUCCUGCACAGAACUUGGUCCUUCGUUGUUUUAUGGACUUGGGGGCAGUCAUUUGAAGUACAAAGUAGUACAGUACCAGCUUGCCACCACCUUUGCUCAUUAAUGCAUAAGUUGUUCCACAGAGGAAGUCUUUUAAUAUAUAUCAGAAGGCAACGUUUAAAAGUCAAAUUAAUGGCAGAAAACGCACUGAAAAUGAGGCUCAGCCAUUUCUUUCCUCCAGAGAAAGCAGUGUGGUUGUCUGCUGGUGGCCAGAUCCUGUCCAGUCACAACACUAAUUCCAGAGCAUUGUUACUGACUGCAGUACAUCAGUGCAAACAAAAUCAGUGUCUGCUGCGCAGCAAGUACUAUUCAUUAAUGUGGACUCUUGGUGGCUAAAUAUAUAAUUACCACUAGUAUUACCUUAGAAAUCGGUCAUUUUGCAUAAAUAUCUAAUUAAGCAGGUUAUCUUUAUAAAUACACACAUAUGUAAUCUCUCUAAGACUUCAACACCUUCUUUUUAUACUUGCUGGUAAACGUAAACUGUUGGCAGGUGUCAUUUGAAAUUUGUUUUCAUUUGAAAUGUGUUCCUCCUCAUUUGAUCUGCUGAGGAGUUCACAGUUUGGCUGAGUGCUACUGUCAUCAACAGAUGAUUUCUGGAGUUUAAAACCAACUUGUCUUUUAUCGAUGCUUCCUCUAACUAUUGACAAGUAUAUAAUUUGGAUUUGUAUAAAAUAUUUGAGUCACCUUUUAAAACAUUUUUGUGGCUGGCUAAAAAUGACAGCUUUGUCAGAAUUGGUAAAUUCUGAUGGUACUCCAUCAGAAAAGUUUGUUCUUUUUUUAAUAAGAAUUGAGUGAUUUUUUUCCAAACAAAAAAAGAGCUCCUCCGCCCAGUUGCCUCUCCUUUCAGUAAGUCAUGCCAAAACUGAGUGGUAAUUGCGCUGUAUUACAGGCUCUCUCACUUGCCAGACAUGAGGUGGUUGGGUUUUGCUUGUUUAGUUUCCUUACUAAGCCAUUUUUGGGUGAGAAGUCAUAGAAUCUCUUAACUUACCAUUUCCCUCACUAUCAAUAUUGCCAAAUUAAUGGUUCUCCAGAACAGGUGGGGACUAGAGGAAUCCUGGUAGGUCAGCAAGCAUUUAGUGGCAAGUUUCAUAUGGACGUGUGUUGUAAGGGUCACUCAGACUUCACCAGGAGUUCCCUUGGAAUGUACAUUCUGCAGGGAGAAGCUCUUGCAGUCCAGAUCUAAUGCCACAAAGCAGAUUUCACAGAAAUCUGCAGGGAGGUGAAAUCUGUCAGUCAUGUUUGUAUGCUGCAAGCAGAUGGAUAUUCUCCUGAGAAGUCAUUUUUGAUGCAGAUUUUUGCCUGCAUUUAGAAAUUCAGGCACAGUUCUUGAACAGCUUUAAUACAACAUCCCGUAGCUGUUUCUGAAACCAGUUUGAUGCUGAACUUCUCAUGGUAAAACCAGCAGUAGUUCUAUCAAGAUCACCAGAGCUUUGCGGAGGGAUGAAGCAUGCUUUUUAGGACCACAGAACUAGCCUGUGACUGUAUUCUUACUGGUAAUUCAGUUGAUGUGUGUAGGCUGACUCCUGUCUUACCUUAAAAUGGGAGAAAAGAAUCCCAAAGGAGGUGCAUCGGCUCCUAGGGUUCAAGUGAAUAACUGUCUACCUUUGCAAAAGAUACAGCGAAACCCUGUGGGCUGCAUUCUUCACCAGACUGAGGUAGAGGGGUGUCAACAUACUUGAACAUACUAAAUCCUAAGUUGCAUGCCAAAUGGCACCAUGGAUAAAAUGGCCAUUUUCUCAGUAGCCAAAUCAUCGAGACCCUAAUUUUUCUGGAAGUAUUUCUGUAUCUAAACAUGUAGAUAGGCACAGUCUGGGAUUUUCUAGAACCUCAGGGUGUCUGCUUUGCAGUCAGUGGAGCUAGAGACACCCAAGUGCUCUUGAAAAUCGAUACUGUUUUAUUAUUACCAUUUUUCCUUUGAUCCGGCCCAAGUAGUUUUUUAAAACAUUACUUCCCUGUGCUCCAGGAUUAAAGUAUAGAGAAUGCAUUUACAAUUCCAGAUGCAAUGCAGUCUACUUCACUUCAUGGAGAAUGCAGACGUUCCUUUGGGUAUGCCACUGCUGCCUGAACAGCUCAUGGGCAUACUUCAUAGGAAAUGUUUUUAAAACUUUUUCUUGACUUUGCCACCAAAAGAGCAUUUGAACCAUACAUCCUCUUGAUUGUAACAGAAUAUCAGUGUUGACUGUCUGACCAGUUAAGUUUUAGUAGUGUUCUUCACAGCCCUCCAGUAAUAUAUCAAACACUGUUAUGCACAUAAUGCAGCACUGUGAUCUAAUUUAAAUAAUACUUUUUUAUUAUUUAUACUACUCUAUGUAAUAUACAUCAACACUUUGCUAUAUAACCUAAGUGAUAACCCUCUUCUUAGUUAUCUGCCAAACUUUGAAUUUCUGUUUGGUUUAUAUUGCAUUUAGCACAGUUACCAAGUUGUAAUGAUGUCUCUUUUCCUUUGAAAUGGAAUGUGUAAGUCAAACUAUGCGUUUGUGUGUUUCUGUUUUAAGCUGGAGUUUUUAAGGAUUUACACACAACAUUUGGUGUUCUGUAUAAAUCUGCAUACAUUUGUGAAUUCAUCUGCUAAUCCCCUUUUAUUUAGAAAGUAUUAAUUAAUGGUGGUUUAUUAGGGUAUUUUUUUUCUUUUUUUUCUUUUCUUUUUUUUUUUUUUUGCAUUUUUACUUCUAGUACUGGUUAUUCUUGAAUUAAGCAGAGACUUGUCAGCUGGGUUGCUUUAUCAUGUACAUGACCUUACAAUUCUUCCACAGUUCAGCCAACAAGUACUAGCUUCACUGACCAAAAAAGUCUCAACCUAAUGUGUCUAUGGUGCUGUAUUUUGCUGGUGUACAUUUAAAACCAGAAACAAUCUAAAGGUCACUUUGAGUUGUUCUAAUAAGUAGCCUUUCCUGGUUUGGGGAGCUUGGAUUUUGUUUUUGUUUUAGCAUUGAAACAAGUAUUUAUCUGAAGCUAUAUAAUGGUUUUUCUACUGUAUUGUGUUUCCUUUUGCAAAAAGGGGAAAUGGGCCUGAUGUAACAGCCUCUCACAGACAAUGGAAGGCAUUUUUGUUUCAGUUUUUCAUUUUUGCUUAGUUUCAUUGGCCUUUGGAUUAGGCCAGCAGUUCUGAGACUUCAUCAUCUGAGGGUUUAAGGGAUAACUGCAGCUUGUGCUACAAUUAUGUGUUACAUUCUGCAAUGGCCAUCAUCUAGAAAUGGGAAUCUCUUUACUCUGGCCUAAAAUCCCAAGACUUCUUUUUCUUUCAGAUUAACCAUUGAAUUUCAGUACAUUUUUAAGUUAAUAGAGCAUUGUACAUUUCUGAGUAUGUGUGUGGGAUGACAAUUGAAAGUAAUACUUGUACCUGAUAACCAGUUCCAUGCCUGCAUCAUUCACACUCACUACUUAUAACUGCCAUGAUGUAAAAUGUCGGGGGGGAAUGAUUUGUGUGUGUAUGAAAAGCAUUAUGGACUUGUACAUUUUUUUUAUACUCUGAUCUGUAAUUUCUGAAAUAUUUUGUUUUACAGAAAAAAAAAAAAGUGAUAAAGCAAUCAAAAGACCAAGAGAUUUAAUAUCAGUGCUUAAGGGUCACAGGACCUUAACUGGCCAAUAUGUUAAUUUAGUACAGUGAUAAGCCAAUUUUUUUUUCCUGUACUUGGCGUCUGAAACUGCCAGUUUCAUCAAUAUUAAAAUACAAACUGUGACGGGGAAUGAACAGUGAUGUUAAGUUGUAUUUGUGUUUACCUAAAUGAGCAGUCCGAAGACAAGUGCAAUCAGCUGAUCUUUAGGGAAUAUGAAAAUGUUGAUUUAGAGGCAUACUUGCAUUUUACAUUUUCUUGAUGUGUAAUCAUAUUGCCAAAGACAAACUACUUCAUCAAUUAUUAUUGUAAAUAACACUUUCCCAAAACCUACCAUAAAGUUUCUGUGAUGUAUUGUCUUCCAGUUGCAAUAAAAAUUACUGAGUUGCAUCAAUUGAA